GAUCCUAAAAAUCUAAUUUUUUUAAAUUAACCCUUUGUUUAUUCGAUUAAAAUUAAACCAUCCAUAAUAAUCUCUAGAAUAUAAAAAAUGUCGGCUGAUUUAACUUGGCUUCUUGUCAGGAACAACAGUUCGUUCCUGGUAAAACGUAAUGGAUUAGAACUUAGUUCUGAACCGAAUAAUUUGACAAAUUUGAAUUCAUUCAAAUAUUCGGGUCUUGCAAAUAAGAAGGCAAUUGGAAUAACACCUGGACCAAGUAAUAGGGGUGUGACCGUUGUUGCAAAAAAAACCAAUAUAGCUUCUUAUAAACCAGCAAAAGCUAUCAAUAAAGUUACACUUACUAAGGGCGUUCGAAGAUCAGCCAAAAGUUUUACUAGUCUGCUUACUAAAUCUCAUUAUCGUCCUGAUUUACGAAAGGCUGCAUUAGCUCGUAUCUCUGCCAUUUAUCAAUCUCAAAAACCCCCUAAGGUCCAUGCAAAAAAAACUGGUCGCCGUCAUACCAAGAAACCAAAAAAUUAAAUAUUAAUCAUGAUGCAUUAGGAAAAAAAUUUUGUUGGUCGAUAAGAUCAAAAGAUUAUAGUAUAAUGUUCUUAAUGUUACUUACUGAAUAAAUCAGCAAUUUCUUUUUAUACAAAAAAAGAAUAAAAGAAUAAUUGCACUCUUUUUAACUUCUCCUAAGCUGAG